GGGCUGUCUGGAAGAUCCGACUCAUCUGAAUCUCGCCCUUGUAUCUGUCUGAUAUUACAAAGUUUAUUCAGAUUUAUUCAUCACAUCGGGCCUCAUGGAUCCCAAUCGAAUCAUACAGGCUCUGAAAGGCACCAUUGACCCCAAUAUGAGGGUAGCGGCUGAGAAUGAACUCAAUCAGUCCUACAAGAUCAUCAACUUCGCUCCCACUCUGCUGCAGAUUAUUGUGUCGGAGCAGGUGGAGUUUCCUGUGCGACAGGCAGCUGCUAUAUACCUGAAGAACAUGGUGAGUCAGUACUGGCAGGACCGAGAGCCCAUGCUGGGGGAGGUGGUCUUUCCGUUCAACAUUCAUGAAAAUGAUCGUGGACAGAUCCGUGAAAACAUUGUGGAGGCCAUUAUUCGCUGUCCAGAGUCCAUUAGGGCUCAGCUGACAGUAUGUUUGCGUGCGAUAAUAAAGCAUGAUUUUCCUGGGCGGUGGAUGGGGGUUGUAGACAAGAUCAACCUGCACUUGCAGUCUCAAAACAGUGGAAGUUGGUACGGUAGUCUGCUCGCUCUGUACCAACUCGUUAAAACCUAUGAGUUUAAGAAGGCAGAGGAACGGGAUCCCUUGUUGGCAGCGAUGCAGAUCUUCUUGCCACGACUCCAGCAGCUGAUCACUCAGCUCCUGUCUGAUGCCACCUUCAUCUCUGUGCUCAUCCAGAAACAGAUACUGAAGAUUUUCCAUGCACUCGUACAGUAUUCCCUCCCCUUACAGCUGAUCAAUAACACAGUCAUGACCCAUUGGAUGGAGAUCCUGAGGAUAGUUGUGGAUCGGGACGUCCCUGCAGAGACUCUGAAAGCUGAUGAAGAUGACAGACCUGAACUGAUCUGGUGGAAGUGCAAGAAAUGGGCACUGCACAUCAUCACAAGAAUGUUUGAGAGAUAUGGGAGUCCCGGCAACGUUACAAAAGAGUAUUUUGAGUUUGCAGAUUUUUACUUGAAGACUUAUGCGACAGGAAUCCAACAGAUCUUGUUAAAGGUGGUUGACCAGUACAGACAGAAGCAGUAUGUGAGUCCUCGAGUCCUCCAGCAGGCAUUAAGCUAUAUGACUCAGGCCGUUUCGCACUCGAUCACAUGGAAACAAAUGAAACAACACAUGCCGACUAUAACUCAGGAGGUGGUGUUUCCUCUCAUGUGCUAUAAAGAUGAAGAUGAAAGACUAUGGCAGGAAGAUCCAUAUGAGUACAUCCGCAUGAAAUUCAAUAUUUAUGACGAUCAUAUGUUCCCAGCCACAGCCGCUCAGACUCUAUUGUGUAAGGCAGCCAGAAAGAGGAAGGAGGUUUUGCCACAGAUCAUGGAAUUUUGUCAUCAGAUCCUUAUGGAUCCCAACGCUGACCCCCGCAGGAAGGAUGGAGCACUGCAUGUAAUCGGUGCAUUAGCUCAGCCCUUGCUAAAGAAGCGGGUGUACAGGGACCAGAUGGAGCUCAUGUUACAAAACUAUGUCUUUCCUCUGCUCAACUCAAAUCUGGGCUACCUACGGGCCAGGUCAUGCUGGGUGCUGCACUCUUUCAGUCCUCUGAAGUUUCAUAAUGAGCUGGUUCUGAGGAAUGCUGUGGAGCUGGUGAAACAGAACCUGGUGGAUGAUAAGGAAAUGCCUGUCAAAGUGGAGGCAGCUAUUGCACUGCAGACGCUCAUCUGCAACCAGGAGCAAGCUAAGGUCUAUAUCAGGCCGUUCAUCAAGACUGUGAUGCAGGAAUUGCUGCACAUCAUUAAAGAAACAGAAAACGAUGACCUCACCAGCGUCAUCCAGAAAAUGAUCUGUGAAUACAACCAGGAAGUGGCUGUGAUAGCUGUGGAUAUGACACAGAAUCUGGCAGAGAUCUUUAGCAAGAUUCUCCAGAGUGAAGAAUAUGAGGAGAGUGAAGAUAAGACAGUGAUGGCACUAGGGAUCCUCAGCACCAUAGACACCAUACUCACCGUUAUGGAGGACCACAAAGAGAUCACUCAGCAGCUGGAGGGCAUAUGCUUGCAGGUCAUUGGUCUUGUGCUGCAGAAACCCAUCAUAGGUAUGGCAGAGUUUUAUGAGGAGAUAUUGUCUCUAGCAUUUGGACUCACCUGUCAGUCCAUCUCCCCUCCGAUGUGGCAGCUUCUGGGCGUCCUAUAUGACGUCUUCCAGCAUGACUGCUUCGACUAUUUCACAGAUAUGAUGCCUCUCUUGCACAAUUACAUUACCGUGGAUACAAACAUGCUGCUGUCAAAUCCCAAGUACCUGGAGGUCAUAUACACAAUGUGCAAAAAGGUCCUAACAAGUGGUGGUGGGGAGGACCCAGAAUGCCAUGCUGCCAAACUUUUGGAGGUCAUAAUAUUACAGUGCCGUGGACGUGGUAUUGACCAGUGUAUCCCUCUGUUUGUGGAGGCCGUGUUGGAGCGGUUAACACGUGGUGUGAAGUCUAGCGAGCUGCGCACAAUGUGUCUACAGGUGGUCAUUGCAGCUCUGUACUACAACCCCACCCUGCUCAUACACAAACUGGAGAACAUCCGCUUCCCUCACAGCCCUGAGCCAAUCACAGCACAGUUCAUCAACCAAUGGAUGAACGACACUGAGUUUUUCUUAGGACUUCAUGACCGAAAGAUGUGCAUCAUUGGGCUCAGUGUUCUGAUGGAGCUGCCCAGCCGCCCUGCAGUCCUGGUGGAAGUGGCAGGACAGAUCAUCCCCUCCAUCCUGCUCCUCUUCCUGGGCUUAAAGCACAUCUACACCUCCAAAGUCCUCAACAAGCCAGAGCAGCUCUCAAGAGCUCAAGGCUCAGAGGAGGAUGAGAACGAGGAGAUUCCCAGUGAUGAAGAUGAGGUGGGAGAGAAAGGGAUGACCCUGCAGUCGUCCAGCGCUUCCACCUGCAAUGACAAUGAAGAUGAAGAUGAUGACGAUGAUGAUGAGUACUGGGAUGAUGAAGGUCUAGAGGGGACCCCAUUAGAAGAAUAUAGUACACCACUGGACUACGACAACGGAGAGGAUGAAUACCAGUUCUUUACCGCCUCCCUGCUCCGUGUUCAAAGUUCAGAUGCUGGCUGGUAUCAGUCCCUUACAUCCUCUCUAAGCGAAGACCAGAAGAAACAACUGCAGGAGAUCUACAAUAUAUCCCAGCAGAGGAGGAGCGCAGGAGUAAAAGUACUGUGAAGAAAUGUUUCAGUUAUUCCUAGUCAAUUCAUAUAGAGAGAGAGAGAGAGAGUCGAGACUUUGGAUUUGGAUCUGUAUCUGUAAAGAAUUUACCCAAGAACUGGUUCAGACACCAAAAUGGCCCACCAUGACCUCUUGAUAAGAGAGUCAUCUCUGCUGGCAUGGGUAGGAUCAUCUUCAGAUCCAAGACUCUUAACAGGAAUAAUGAGACGUGUAUACAACUGGACAGCGAGGCCUUUUAAGGUCCUAGGAGCAGUUUGUGCAUCUGUCUGCCCAUCUGUGCAGAAUUAUGCGUGUUUGUGAAUGAGUGCCGAAAGAUUGUGUGUUUAUGUAAAUUUAUGUUAGAAAUUCUGUCUUUCUCAGUCUCAACUCAAUUUGCAAUGAGUCAGCGAGGAACAUGACCAAGAAAGUGCAGUAAGACAUGUCAAAGCCAGCCAGAGAGACAGACAGUUGAGGAGUUUAGGGUGUUGGUCAGUGCCUUCGGGGAUACAUGGGCAUGUUUUUGCCCAAACAGAUCAAAUGUGCACUGUCUAAAAUGUUUGAAGGGUGAUGUUUAUAUUUGUCAUAUGUUUGUAUGUUUCAGAGUUUGUUUUUGUAACAGUCAGAUUUUCAGAAUUAACUUAAGUCAUAAAAAUGUAUAAAACACUAAUCAUAUGCUGACAUGGUUGUGUGUUCUUGCACUAUGCCGAUCUCAAAAGAAUCAAACAUCUGCUAGAAUGUUGCGUUUUUAAGGAUCCUUAAUUUGUGCAUGUUUACCCAAAAAUGAAAAUUCUGCCAUCAUUUACUCAUCUCCAAACUCUUAUUAUUUUCUUUCUUUUGUGGAGAAUUUUUAAGAAUGUACACUGAUUAGCCAAAACAUUAUGACCACCUGCCUAAUAUGCAGUUGGUCCUCCGUGUGCCACCAAAACAGCGCCGACCCGCCAAGGCAUGGACUCUGCAAGACACCUGAAGGUGUCCUGUGGUAUCUGGCACCAAGACAAUAGCAGCAGAUCAUUCAAAUCCUGUAAGCUGUGAGGUGGAGCCACUGUGGAUCAGACUUGUUGGUCCGGCACAUCCCACAGAUGCUCAAUUGGAUUGAGAUCUGGGGAAUUUGUAGGCCAGGGCAACACCUUCAAUUCUUCAUCAUGUUCCUCAAACCAUUCCUGAACAAUGUGUGCAGUGCGGCAGGGCGCAUUAUCCAGCUGAAAGAGGCCACUGCCAGCAGGGAAUACCAUUGAUGUGAAGGGGUGUACCUUGUCUGCAAUGAUGUUUAUGUAGAUGGCACUUGCCAAAUUGAUGUCCAUAUGAAUGGCAAGACCCAGGGUUUCCCAGUAGAACAUUGCCCAGAGCAUCACACUAGAUCCACUGGCUUGUCGUUUUCCCCCACAGUACAUCCUAGUGCUAUCAUUUCCGCGGGUAAACGGUGCUCUCAAAACAGGACUCAUGGGUCUGGUGACCUUCUUCCACUGCUCCAAGGUCCAGUUCUGAUGAUCACAUGCCCAUAGUAGGCACUUUCGUCAGUGGACCCCUCAUCAUGGGCACACUGACCAGUCUGGCUAUGCAGCCCCAUACGCAGAAGGAUGUAAUGCACUGUGUGUUGUGGCACAUUUGUCCUGUAACCAUCAUUAAAAUGUUCUGUUGCUUGUGCCACAGUAGACCUUCUGUCGGUUUGGACCAGACAUGGUAGCCUUCAUUGUCAUUGCGCAUCAAUGAGUUUUGCGCGCCCAAAUCUAUAACUAUAACGAUAACUUUUUGUUCGCUUCCCAUUUAAUCAACCCAGACCUUGACAUGUGGCCUUGUUAGGAGAUGAUCACCGUUAUUCGCUUCACCUGUGAGUGGUCAUAAUGUUAUGACUUAUCAGUGUAUACAAUGCAAAUAAAGAAACCAGGGGCUGUAAAGCUGCAAAAAUGACAAAAAGCAUCAUAGAAGUUAUCAAAGUGACUCAUGCAAUGUAUUCAAAUUCUUCUCAAGCAAUACGAUAGCUUUGUGAAGACUGAAAUGUAAGAAAUGUCCCCUUCUAAUUGACUUAUUACAUUUGCUU